AUGGGUGUACGCAUCGAAGUCAUUUACGCUCGUUCAAGAAGAGGGGUUUUGAUAAUAACCGUAGACAGACGCUCGACUCAAGACGCUACGGUCGUAGCACGGCAUUACACAGAGAUCAUCGUGGCAGCUAGCAAACAUCAUGUGGAGAUUAACGUUGACCUGGGCGAAGGAUAUGGCAACUUCAAGUGCGGCCCAGAUGAAGAACUGAUUCCAUUGAUCGACCAUGCCAAUGUGGCUUGCGGCUUCCAUGCUGGCGACCCGUUGAUCAUGCAACAGACUGUCCGUGAAUGCAAAAGGCACGACAUCGCCGUAGGCGCGCAUCCCGGUCUGCCUGACAUCCAAGGCUUUGGCAGGCGUGAGAUCAAAAUGUCGCCUGAAGAGCUCACAGCAAUGACCAGGUACCAGGUGGGUGCGCUCAAAGCUUUCCUGGAUGCCGAAGGCAUGCCUUUGCACCAUGUUAAACCACAUGGUGUUCUCUACGGUAUGACGUAUAGAGACAAGGAAGUCUGCAAGGCAGUAUACGAAGGUGUGCCGAAAGGGACAACAGUAUUCGGCUUAGCUGGUACUUUUCAUGAAGAAGUCGCUUUCGAGCUCGGCCUACCCUUCGUUGCUGAGCUGUACGGCGAUGUCAAAUAUAGCAAAGACGGAAGGCUGGUUAUCGACAGGAAGAAGAAACCCUGGAAACCUGAGGAAGCUCAAGCACACAUCAAGAGCCAAGUUGAGACUGGCACCGUGACCGCCGUUACAGGAGAAGAGGUGCAAUUACCGAUCGACGAUCAUCAAGUGUCGCUCUGCUGCCACUCAGACUCGCCGGACGCUGUCGAAAUCGUUACCGCAGCACGCCAGAUCGUUGACCAGUUCAACAACAAGUAUUUUCCACGAUCGUGA